CCAAACCUGUCACAGAAGAAGCUGAACGGUGCAUCGAUUAAACGGUAACUUAGUAUCACAACAAUGCAGGCGGUCGUGUAGGUGUCCGUUGACUUCGCCUGUCUGAAACCCCCCGCAGUUCGAGCGCUCUCCGUCAGUCCGUCAGUCGUUCAUUCAUCCCGUAUUUUCUCGGUUCCUCAUCGCUCCGGCUCCAGCAUGUUCGAGGAGGCCAGCGAGGUGUUGGAGAACAUGCUGAAGUGCUCGUUCCCGCUGAGUCUCGUGCUGUUUCUGGUGCUCGUGUGUCCGCUGCGCGCGGAAGCGGCGCACGAGUUCAGCGUCUACCGAAUGCAGCAGUACGACCUGCAGGGACAAACCUACGGUUCCCGUAAUGCCAUUUUAAACACGGAGGCUCGUACGGUGGAGGCCGAGGUGCUCAGCCGUCGAUGUGUGAUGGUGCGGCUCGCCGACUUCUCCUACGAGAAAUACCAGAGAGCGCUGCGACAGUCGGCAGGGGCCGUGGUCAUCAUACUGCCCCAGAACAUGUCCACUGUGCCGCAGGACAUGGUGCAGCAGUUCAUGGAGCUGGAGCCGGAGCUGCUGGCCACCGAGACCAUCGUGCCCGUGUACUUCGCUCUGGAGGACGAGGAGCUGCUGUCCAUCUACACUCAGACACAGAUCUCCUCGUCCUCACAGGGGGCUUCGUCAGCUGCUGAAGUGCUGCUGCACACAGCGACCGCUAACGGUUUUCAGAUGGUGACCAGUGGAGCUCAGAGUAAAGCUGUCAGUGACUGGGCCAUUACCAGUCUAGAGGGUCGUCUCACGGGUUCGGGAGGAGAAGAUCUGCCCACUAUCGUCCUGGUGGCUCAUUAUGACUCUUUCGGAGUUGCUCCGUGGCUGUCGUACGGCGCAGACUCGAAUGGCAGUGGCGUCGCUGUACUGCUGGAGCUCGCACGACUGUUUUCCAGACUCUACUCCUACAAACGCACGCAUGCCGGAUACAACCUGCUGUUUUUCUUGUCUGGAGGCGGGAAGUUUAACUACCAAGGCACAAAACGCUGGCUGGAGGACAACCUGGAUCACACAGAUUCCAGUCUGCUCCAGGACAACGUGGCGUUCGUUUUGUGUCUGGACACUCUGGGUAACAGUGACAACCUUCACCUCCACGUCUCUAAACCACCGAAAGAGGGAAGCCCACAGCACCUCCUUCUCAAAGAACUAGAGACCGUUUCGGCCCAGCAGCACCCCGACCUGAAGUUCUCAAUGGUCCACAAGAAGAUCAACCUGGCGGACGACACUCUGGCGUGGGAGCACGAGCGCUUCGGCAUCCGCCGCCUGCCCGCCUUCACCCUAUCCCACCUGGAGAGCCACCGCAGCCCCGUGCGCCACUCCAUCAUGGACAUGCGGUCAGUGUCCUCUCUGGAGGGGGCGGGAGAGGCCACCACUGGGCCUCAUGUGGAUCUGACGAAGCUCAGUCGAAACACUAAAGUCAUCGCCGAAGCGCUGGCGAGAGUCAUAUACAACCUGACAGAUAAGGGCGUCGGCGGAGACCUGCAGAUCUUCACUGAACAGAUGGUGCAGGAGGAUCAGCUGGAGUCAAUGGUGGACUGGCUGACGGCCCAACCGCGAGCCGCCCAGCUGCUGGACAAAGACAGCAGCAUCGUGAACACGCUGGAGUAUUACCUGAACCGAUAUCUGAAGGACGUCAAGAGACACCUGGUCAGAGCCGACAAGAGGGACCCUGAGUUUGUCUUUUAUGAUCAACUCAAGCAGACCAUGAAUGCGUAUAGGGUAAAACCAGCUAUCUUUGACCUGCUGCUAGCUGUCUGUAUCGCAUCUUAUCUUGGAGUGCUGUAUUUGGCUGUUCAGAAUUUUGGACUUCUGUACGGCUUCCUGCGUAGAGUCACAGCUCCUCGGGUCAAACAGCACUAAACCUGCAAUUCAUGCACCUGCAAUAACAAGGGACCGCCGGGGUCCCGAAGCAGAGCCAAGAGUGUGUUUGCUGUCUUUAUUUCACUAGUUUGAUUGAUUUAGUUGAGUGUUGAUUUCCAUGCCAAGAAUUACAUCCACUACAUCUCUACUAGCAUUUCAAGUCUUGUCUCAGCGUUGCCUCAAGUCCUGCGUCCUCUAAAAUACAAUCCGUAAUUGCUCAAACAGAGUUGAUUCCAAUUUAAAUCGCAAACAAAUCAGUUCCCAUGAAAUGCCGUCAUGAAAUGUGCCCUUCUUGUACGGAUUGUACUUCUAAGCAGUGUUUCCUGAAAACCUUUCCUUGUGUGCUUAUUCUUCACUGGCAGCUGCUACAAAGUUGGCCAAAAUCAUUGCAAAAUCAUUCGUUUGCAUGAGUCUCAGCUCAAACUGCUGAUUCUCUUUGCGGCAAUUAUAUAUAUAUAUAUAUAAUAUAUAUAAUAGAUUGUAAUGUUUGGAAACCUGGCAUUUCAUGUUUUUCAGAUUCUUUUAUCCUAAAGUUAUUCUUAAAAUACUAAUAUUAAUUAUUCCAUGAAUCUUUAGAAAUUUUUAAACUCCCAUUUCUUUCUUCAGUCCUAAUUCCACGUGUGGUUUUGACAUCCAAUGUUCACUUCUGCUGUCGCUAUUUAUUGCCAAGCAGUGUGGUACAAAUUUGCUGUUAUUUAUGGAAGCUGUUAUGCUCCGACAUGCACUGGUUUAAUGUUUUUUGUUGUUGUUCUCCAAACUUAAUUUAACUUUGCAAAUCAGAGGUAAAUAACCUUGAUUCUCAAGGAUGAAGAAAAAUAAACUUUUUGUUG